CAAGAACCAGUGAUGCCGGCACAGCAGAUGGCCUUCAUUCCACAGAAUCCCUUGUUCAUUCCACCGGAUACGCCACCGGCAACUCAUCCAAAUGCCGGAUUUUAUCUGAUUCCCGCAUCUGGCGGUUGGAUGCCUCCGAUGAUUCCCGGAAUGCCCCCGAAUCCAUUCAUACCUCAACCGCUGAUUAAUCCGGAGGCGGUGCUUAUGCGGCAGAGGAGUUUGAAAAAGCCGAAUCAGACCAAAUCACUACAGUUGCGGCAUGAAAUGAUCAUUCGUAACAGCGAUUCUGGGAAAAUUAUGGGAGUGAAGGGAAGAAGAGUGGCUCUUGUGGAGCAGAUGACAAAUACCGUUAUCAGCUUCCAGAAGGCAGCUCAAGAAGCGCUAUCGGAAUAUCUAAGAGCUCGAGCAAAACCUUCAGCUGAGGAGCGUGAAAAACGUAAGGAGCGUAGAAAGAGUAUGCCACUACAGGCAAGCCAUCAAGAGCAAGCAACAGCAAAGAAAGGAAUCCUUUUGUGGGAGAUUGCAGCCUAG